AUGAUGAAACAAUCUUCUCUCGUCGUCCUCUUCUUCGUCGCAUCAUCCAUUCGCGGAGGAAAAGGAGGAGUUUCCUCCGUCGUCGGCGCCUUUACCGAGGAAGGUUUCAGCGCUGAAAGAAGAAGAAAUGACUGUCCGGCUUUGUUCUCUGGAAAAGACUGCGCGGAGGUGAAAACAAACCUCCCGGAAUGCGUCGACGGUGCGUUCAGUGGAAAGUGGAUUUCUUUACACCGAAACGUGGUGCGUUUUCCCCGAAAAGGAGGAGAAAGGGACGAAGACGAAGACGAUACAACAAACGCUCAUCGGGACGAUUAUUGGCGCGUACCGCGAGAUAUAUCGGAAGAAACUGCGUCGUUACUUCCCGAAUUUGAUAUAUUUGGGAUGAUGGGUAAUAGAGGGAACGACGAGUAUUCUUCGAACGCCGCGGCGGCGAAGUCGUGCGCGCUCGUCUCCUCCGCCGCGAGCAUGUCGGGGUCAAAUCUCGGCGCGGAAAUCGACGCGAACGAAAUUGUGGUCAGAUUUAAUAACGCGCCUACGAGAGGUUACGAAGCGGAUGUAGGAAAGAAGACGAGUUUUAGAUUAACGAAUGCCAUCUUUCAAGGGUAUCGAGAGAAUGAAAAAGAGGCGGUGUUGGCGAAGUGGUGCCAAGAUAAAACGAGUCGCGUGCCGUGCGGUAAACGCGAAGAGUUGACGAGUUUGAUCGAGAAGAAAGCGCACGCCGUGAAUCCGCGUUUUUUUGAGUACGCUAAUUCGAGGUACUUUCGAAAGCUCGGCGAACAUCCGACGAGUGGCAUGGUGAUGACGUUGCUCCUGUUGCAUAGGUGCGAAAAAGUCACGCUGUACGGAUUCAACGGGAAAGGAUUGAAAAGCUGGUAUUACCCGAAGAGAAGGAAAGGUGAAAAUGCACCGAAAAAGAAAGAAUGGUUGAGAGAGAAGCGGUGGACGGUAGAAGGAGAUUGGAUAUACGCCAAAUCAUCGAGUGUGGACGGUAUGGAAGACGAUCCACUCAAUCGAGAAAGAGAAGACUUAUUAAAGGAGAACGCAGAAGAAAGUACCGGAAGGCGACGAAGAAGACAAGGAAGACGACGCCGCUUCUCUCGCUCGGCAUCCUCGUCGUCGUCGUCGUCCUGGAACCUCCUCUCGUCUCGCGUUCAGCGCAGAGGUCUUCUCCUCGCGAAUACCAACAAUAGAACGAGCGCUUUGCCUCUCCAUCCUCCCGUUCUUUUCCAUAGUAGUAGUAGUAGUAGUAGCAGUAGCAGCAGCAGCAGCAGCAGCAGCAGCAGCAAACACCGAAGAUCGCUUCUUCACGCCGUCAAAGCCGAGAGAGCGUGCGUGCGCCAGUUGCAGUUACUCGGGUUCCUCGAAGAAGUUGACGCGUAA